AUGGUCGAGGUUAAGAACCACGUCUGCCUGAUCGUCCACGAUGGUUGGGGUAUCGCGGCCGAGAAGGGCAUCAAGGGCAACGCUAUCGAGAAUGCCGAUACCACGAACAUGGACAAGAUCGCCAGCGAGCACUCCUCCCGCGAGCUCGCCGCCCACGGCACCGCCGUCGGUCUUUCCGAGGGCCUAAUGGGCAACUCCGAAGUCGGACACUUAAACAUCGGCGCCGGCCGUAUCGUCUGGCAGGACAUUGUGCGCAUCGACGUCGCGAUCAAGAAGCGCCAGUUCCACAAAAACGAGACUAUUCUCGAGAGCUUCAAGCACGCGAAGGAGACGAACGGCCGUCUGCACCUCGUCGGCUUGGUCUCUGACGGCGGCGUGCACUCGCACAACAGGCAUCUCUACGCGCUUCUCGAGACCGCCAAGGAGGUCGGCGUUCCCGAGGUGUACAUCCACUUCAUCGGCGAUGGCCGCGACACCGCGCCGAGAUCUGCCGCCGGCUACGCCAAGGAGCUUCAGGAGUUCAUCGAGAAGGAGAAGGUCGGCGAGAUCGCGACCGUCGUCGGCCGUUACUACGCUAUGGAUCGUGAUAAGCGCUGGGAGCGUGUCAAGAUCGCAGUCGACGGUCUCGUCAAGGGCGAGGGCGAGAAUGCCGAUGAUGUCGUUAAGGCUAUUGAGGAGCGUUACAAGAAGGAUGAGACGGAUGAGUUCUUGAAGCCUAUCAUUCUCAACGGUGACAAGGGCAGGAUCAAGGAUGAUGAUACCAUCUACUUCUUCAACUACCGCUCUGACCGUAUGCGUGAGAUCGCCUCCGUGUUCGGUCUUCCGGACAAGCCCAUGGAGGUUGAAGUCCCCAAGAACCUCCAUAUCACCACAAUGUCGCGCUACAACGCCGAGUUCCCCUUCCCCGUCGCAUACCCGCCCCAGGCCAUGACCAACGUCCUCGCCGAGUGGCUCGCGAAGAAGGGCGUCAAGCAGGCGCACAUCGCCGAGACGGAGAAGUACGCGCACGUCACGUUCUUCUUCAACGGCGGCGUGGAGAAGCAGUUCGAGUCGGAGGAGCGUCAUAUGAUUCCUUCGCCGAAGGUCGCGACGUACGACAAGCAGCCGCCGAUGAGCGUGCAGGGUGUUGCGGAUAAGGUCGCGGAGGUCGUCAAGUCCAAGAAGAACGAGUUCGUUAUGUGCAACUUUGCUCCUCCGGACAUGGUUGGCCACACCGGUGUGUACGAUGCCGCAGUAGAGGCCAUCGGCGCGACGGACAAGGCCGUCAAGACCGUCUACGAGGCAUGCCAGGAGGCAGGCUACAUCCUCCUCAUCACCGCCGACCACGGCAACGCCGAGCAGAUGCUCAACCCCGACACCGGCGCCCCGCACACCGCACACACAACGAACAAGGUUCCGUUCAUCAUGACGGGCGACCCGAAGAAGUACAAGUUCACCGUCGACAAGAAGGACGGUGAGGAGGAGGAGGGCGCCCUGUGCGAUGUUGCGCCUACUGUGCUUGAUCUGCUGGGCUUCGAGAAGCCAGAGGAUAUGACCGGCCGCUCGUUGCUUGCGCACGACGCGUAG